CAUCGAGAAAACCUCGAAAGUAAAAAAAUCAAAAAGCGCGUCGGUGACUUGUUGUUACUCUCUCAUCACCAAUCUCUUCUUCUUCCUCUCUUUCAAUCGGAUUCCCACAUCUCCUCCUCUUCUCAAAUUAUCUGCUCUCUGAUUCAUCAACCAUGUCGUACGAUUACCUCUUCAAGUACAUAAUCAUCGGAGACACAGGUGUUGGGAAAUCGUGCCUGCUUCUUCAAUUUACUGACAAGAGGUUCCAACCAGUCCACGAUCUCACCAUUGGUGUCGAGUUCGGUGCUCGCAUGGUCACCGUCGAUGGACGCCCCAUCAAACUUCAAAUUUGGGACACUACCUCUCUCGCCCUUUAUCCUUCUCUUCGUCUAAUUAGGCUGGACAAGAGUCUUUUAGAUCCAUCACCAGAUCAUAUUACAGAGGAGCAGCCGGAGCUUUACUGGUUUAUGACAUCACCAGGAGAGAGACAUUUAACCAUCUGGCUAGUUGGUUGGAGGAUGCUCGGCAACAUGCAAAUCCUAACAUGAGUAUUAUGCUAAUUGGGAACAAAUGCGAUCUUGCUCACAAGAGAGCUGUU